AUGAAUCAGCAACUGGUUGUGGAGUUGUCCAGUCUGCUUGCCGAGAGCAAGCGAAGACACCCUGAGCUUCGUCAGGCUGCCGAAUACACACUCGAUGCUGUAAAGAACAAGCAACCGCAAGACCUGAAGAAGGACGAAAAGAUUGCCCAGCCUCUGGUGUUGGCCUGCUCGUCACGUAACGCCAAACUCACAGCAAUUGCAGUGCCAUUGAUACAACGACUGCUGGCUAUCUCUGCGCUCUCCGACAAGUCAAUUCCGUCAGUCCUGGGUGCGUUGGAGGAGGCUACCCACUUGGGCGUCGAAAUCCAGCUCAAGAUCCUUCAAUGUCUCCCUACACUGAUGGCAAACUACACCAAGGUGCUGCAGGGUCAGAACUUGAGCGCCCUGUUGGCGAUCUGCUCAGCCCUCAAGGCCCCCAACAAGCCCCCUGUGGUAUCCAAUUCCGCAGCGGCGACACUCCAACAGUUAAUAGUGUCUGUUUUCGAUAAGGUGCGAGAAGAGCAGGACCCUCCCAAGACCUUUGAGGUGCCAGUCGACACAGGAGACAAGAUUCUCGUGUCUCCUGCAGCAGAUGACGCUCUAUCUGUGUUGUCUGAUCUCUGUUCUCUCAUUGAAUACCACUCAUCUACUUUCCUGAAAGGCCAUUACAAGGACACUUUCUGUCUCGAACUGGUGGAGAGUAUUCUGCAGAACCAACACAUGGUGUUUGAGGAGCAUCCCGAGCUCAUUUACUGUGUUAAGAUGAAGCUAUUCCCAGCACUGCUUCGUGGUCUUUCUUCCGAGGCACCGUUUCCCGUGGCUGUUAGAAUCGCUCGAGUCUUGUAUUUGUUGCUACGAACCCUGCUUGCGUUGGUGCCAGCUGAGUGUGAGGUGACAUUGACUCUGUUCGUCCAUCUGUCAAGAGAGCCUACCGAAUCAUGGGAACGUGCACUGUGCAUGGAGAUUCUUCAAGGUGUCUUCUCCGACUUUGACCUCCUUCUGGCCAUUUAUAAGGAGUAUGACGUAGCUGAGGGACGCAAGAACAUUCUUGCAGAUACUCUCGGUCUGUUCCGGGACCUGCUGAAACAUACCAAGGAGGGAACCAGGUUCAACAGUGCAACCAAGACACCUUUCAUUGACACACUGGACAAGACAGAAGCACCGACUCUACCCGAGGGGUACGAGCAGUAUCUUGCGAUAACGUGUGCCAAUUCCCUAUGCGAUGCGCUUGCAAAGUUCCUUCUUCAGAAGAACCAGGACUCUCGGGCAACUCUGUGUAAGCAUCUCAUUGACCACUCCUGGUCUACCAUUCUGGAUCUGUAUAGUCCUCUGGUUUCUGGACCCUUUGAGGAGUCCCUGGAUCUUCACAGCGUUAUUCGUGCUGUCCAAAAACUGGCACAUGUUGCGGGAUAUGUGGAUAGGAAGACGGCGCGUGAUGCAUUCAUGUCUCUUCUUGCCACAGGUGCAGAGAAACCACCCACUCAACGGGCUAUCUUGUGUCUUCGGGCUCUAGUCAACCUCGGAACCGCCCUCGGAACUACAUUGGGCUCAUCAUGGAGCAUUCUCCUUGAUACCCUACGGGAGACUUCGCAGUCCAAGGUCGGAUCUGACCCUGCGGUGCUAUCUGCAGAGAAGAAGCUGCUCGACUCGACGAAAGACUACUCAAAUUCUGCUCUUUCAGACCUUGUAAAUGCAUUGACUCGAUCAGCUUCCGAGUGGAACAAUGACAAGCUUGGAAUUGUGGCAACUUUCAACGUCACCAAGAUUGUGGAGGAAGAAGUACUGUGGCAGAAGCUGUUAGGUCAUCUCAUCUCAUGUGAGAGUUUACAGUGUGCCCUCAUUCAGAGAAAACUCUCGGAAUCUUCGGAGUCCGAAAUACCCGAGGCUCAUGCUCGAAUAUUUGAUUCGCUUCUGAAGGCUGUAAAGAGCGACAAGUCGGAGAUUGUCUUGGCUCAUCUACAGACUACCCACUCGCUGCUUCAGCAACUGGGUAAGUGUUCCUCUUGGAGCACCAUUUUUAGCAUUCUGGACAGCGGUCUGAGAGAUGACAUGUCUCUGGAGGUCACCAAGGCCGCUUUUGACUCAGUCAAGCUGGUCUGCAAUGAUUUCCUUACCCAGUUGCCUUCCGAUGCUCUUCUGACACUCGUGGACCUACUCUACAAAUUCUGUCAGCAUUCUUCAGACUCCAACUUGUCAUUCACAUGCAUCUCUCUGUUCUGGACUGUGUCCGACUGCAUUUUGCGCCAGGCCAAGGAGACAGACGACAUCAAUCGAGUCCUUACUAUGUCCGAGAUGCGAGACUCUACUGAGCCUCUUGCUCUGUGGCUCAUCCUUAUGUCUUCUCUGGCUCUCAUGUCGCAUGAUUCUCGUGCUGACGUCAGAAAUGGUGCCAUCCAGACCUUCUUCCGAACUUUCGAGUCUCUCCCCAAGGACAAGCUCCAACCCAACCUGUGGCAGACCUUUUCCAGGGAGAUUCUGCCUAAGCUCUUCUUGACACCCACAGGAGAUCUGAUCGAGAAUGAUCCCGCCGGAGCUGCAGCAAGGUACCCUUACACGGUCUCGCUGCUGCUUACUGGCUUCAAUCACAUGAUGAGUGUUGUGCAGACCGUCUUGCCCGACCAGGUUGACAUUCUUUUUAUCCAGCUGCUCUCCUACUUUGAGCAGCUAAACACCACAAGCCCACAUCCUGAGUAUGCCGUAACUAUCAGCAAGUCUUUCGGAGAGCUUCUGACCAUUACGCCAUUGAGCCGUGAGAGCAUUGCUGCUGCAUGGAAGUUCUGGCUCUCUCCUCCUUGGGGAACUGAGUAUGUCAGCCCGUGGAACCUGGGCUCUGCAUCUAGUGCCAUUGCUGAGCAUGCAUCUGUGCACACCAUUAUCUACGAUUUGGACAGAAAUGUGCCUGAUGCGACUUUGGACGCUUCCCUGGAUGUUCUUUACAACUGCCUUCUGCAUCCCCAACUUCCAAAGUUCGCUCAGGACCAGACGUCCACCUCUCCUGUUCAGACAGCUGUGCUGAAACAAAUUUCGAAUGUCUCUGGCCACCACGCCAAGGUCUUGGAGAUCCUUGGUAGGAUUUCCAAGCUAUCCAGCACUGCCUCCAAGGAGGAGGAUGACUCUCCCAAGUUUGGAGCUGCAUCGCUGAAGGCUGUUGAGCUUUCCAGGAGCCGACUUCCUGAAGUUCCUGAGGCUGUAGAUGACAGCGUUAUCUCACUGUUGCUUCAGGACACCACGUUGUCAUCGCUUGGUAAUGAUGCUACGGAGCUGUUCCUGGAGACUGUUGAAAAGGUGCUGCCUCGGUUGUCUACUGAGGAGACAUUGUGGCCCCGUGUUGUCGAGGGUGGUUUGUCCAUUCUGGCUCAGCGAAGUCAGGGUUUCCAUAAGUACGAGAAGCUCAUUUUUCCCAUUCUUGGACUUGACCAUGUCCCUGAGUCGCUCAUUGACUCCCUUCUCAAGUCCAUCUAUGAGAACUCCCUGGUGUGGAAGACCAAGGCUUCUUCUCUGGGCUUCUCAGGCACUUUACAGGCCGUGUCAAAGCCUGAUUUCUCUCUCUACUGUACAACACUAUUGUUCAAUUUGUGGAUAGGAGAGGGGGAUGGUACCGGGAGCGCUCGGGAGCGGCUCUCUCUGUCGUCGCGACAGUACGCCAUGUCUCGAGCCCAAGCAUGUAUCUCUCAGUUUAUUAACGACUCCGUGAUUCGAGGCUCCAUGCCCAUUCCUAAGCUGCAGAACCAAGAGCUUCAGGUAAUUCUCACGCAUCUUGGUUUGCUAGUAAAGAAGAGCCCGGAUAGUAAGAAGGAGCUCAAGGCGCUGUUCCCCUUGCUGUUGAAGCUCCAAAUGCGUGGAGAGAGCACAGAAGUGAUUCUACAGGAAUUUUAA